AUGACCGAUCUCCGUAUAGCAGGGAAAUAUCAACUUCACUAUCGCAUCGGUCGAGGAGCAUUCGGUGAGCUCUACCGCGGUGUUAAUCUGGCAACAGGAGAAGAUGUUGCCAUCAAACUAGAGCCAAUUGAUGCCAAGCCGCCGCAGUUGCUCUAUGAAUCGAAGCUUUAUAAGAUCCUCGUGGGUGGAGUUGGAAUACCGUAUAUUUACCAUUAUGCUCCAGAGGGAGAAUACAAUGUACUGGUCAUGGAUUUGCUGGGUCCCUCCUUGGAGGAUCUCUUCACAGCUUGCAAUAGGCACUUUUCACUCAAAACUGUGCUCAUGCUAGCAGACCAGAUGAUCACCAGAGUCGAAUUUCUCCACCUCAAGAAUUUCCUGCACAGAGAUAUUAAGCCUGAUAACUUCCUCAUAGGUCUUGGGAGGCGCAAGACAACGGUCUACAUUAUAGACUUUGGUUUAGCAAAGCGCUACAUGGUAGGAAACACGCAUAUUCCGUAUCGAGAGCAUAAGAGCCUCACGGGAACCGCCAGAUACUGUUCUAUAAACACCCACCUUGGCCUGGAGCAAUCGCGCAGAGACGAUUUGGAGGCGUUGGCGUAUGUCUUCCUUUACUUCCUACGCGGUUUCUUACCUUGGCAAGGCCUCAAGGCCAACACAAAGCGCCAAAAGUAUGAGAAAAUUCUAGAGAAAAAGCUCUCUAGCCCCAUCGAGUCCCUCACCCGAGGUCAGCCAACAGAGUUUGCCGCGUACCUGCACUACACGCGCGCUCUCAGGUUUGAUGAUAGGCCUGACUAUGCGUAUUUGAGGAAGAUCUUCCGCGAGCUAUUUGUACGCGAAGGAUUUUCUUACGAUUACGUAUUUGAUUGGACACUUCUAGGAAUAGACGUCGAUAAGUACCACGAAAACAAAUUGCGUGGAAAGGAGCUCAAUCCCAACGCUGACGGGAAGAAGAAGGGGUCUGAUUCUGGAGCCGAAAAUGGCGACGAUGAUGCCGACGACAAGGAUGACAAGGACGACAAGGGAGAAAAGAAAAAGAAGGACAAAGACAAGGAUGAUGAUGAUUCAGAGGAUGGCGCAAAGAGGUCAGAGCGACGCAGUCGUCGUGGCAGCAUGCGCGGAGAAGACCAUAGUACUAAGGAUGAAAAGCGAAAGAAGACGGACUCCCAUCGUAACUCUAAGAGAUUUGGCGGAGACUUUCAUUUCUAA